AUCCAAAGGCACGUGCAGUCUAAGAAGUGAUAUAGUCGGUCAUACUCGCGCAGUGUAUGAGCAUAUGGCGCGCCCCCAAGCCCGAGCUAGCAGAGAUUCCUUCUUCGGAACGCCAAUGUCCUACGCCGAAAAAUUCGCAUCCCAAAACAAAUCAGGCACAUCGUGAACUUACCUGGCCUUUCCGCCCGUCGGCGUCGCCAAUACCGAAGCGCAGCUGGAGCACGCCACCACUUGCUGGGAGUGCGAGAAGACGGUCACGAUGCUGAAGCAGCCCUGGCACUUAACAUCCAUAUAAUAAGAGUUUGGACUCUGGACAAGCCGCUUGCGCUUAUGCCGCCUAGCCUCCAAUGCUGCCGGAGGAUGGAGCAGGUCGUAAUCUUGCUGGAGCGGCAUGAUGAACUCUACGCUUCUCUUACACAAUAUAAUUGAACCUCGGGGAGGCUCAAGUAUGCAUCACGGGGCCUAUAUGUGAAACCUGAUGCCGAGUACGACACUGCCGACACUAGGGAAAGGCAUAGAGGAGCCGACUCUACUGUCUGCUUUAAACUGAACUGUUGCGCAUGGCAAAACAUCCAUUGUGGUUGUCAUCGAAGAUUCUAGCUGACGUGAUUCAUCUUCAGGAGCAGGUUGCUAUUGGUAUCAUUCCACGGCAUAGCGAGGCCUCGUGCUGGGCCUAUAAAACAUGCAGCACGAUGAAGUUAUUUGGCAGGUAAUAGGGCACGUCGAUUGCAGCUUUAGGGCAAAAACUCAGGCACAAAACUUUUGCCGCAAUGAAUACAACGUCACUGGGCUCUGCAAUCGUAGCUCGUGCCCAUUAGCUAACAGCCGGUAUGCGACUAUCAAGGAGGAGAACGGGAGAUGUUACCUUCUCAUGAAGACGAUAGAGCGGGCGCAUUCGCCAAAGAAUUUAUGGCAAAGAAUUCGCCUUAAAAAGAACUAUGCGGCGGCGCUGGAGCAGCUUGACCAGCACCUGCAGUAUUGGCCCAAGUUCCUGGUGCACAAGAACAAGCAGCGCUUUACCAAAAUCACACAGUACCUCAUACGCAUGCGGCGGCUGGAGGUGAAGGCGCGACCAAAGCUGGUGGGCAUCAAUCGCAAGCUUGAGAAGGUCGAGCGGAAGCGCGAGGCGAAGGCGGAGGCGGCGGCUCAUUUGGAGAAAUCCAUAGAGACGGAGCUGCUCAAGCGACUACAGAGUGGCACGUACGGCGAUAUCUACAACUUUCCGCUGGCGCAGUACGAAAAGGUAUUAGAUACUCAGGAAGUUAAAGAGACGGAGCAAGAGGAAGAAGAGGAGCUUGGGGAAGAGUUUGUGGCUGGGGACGACGAUGAUGAUGACGAGGAGGAGGAGGAGGUGGUGGACUACCUGGAAGACGAUCAAGUCCAGUUGGACGAGGAGGACAUGGAGGAUUGGGAUGACGGGACUGGGCUUGGCGAGGACGACGAUGGCGACGACGACGACGAGGAAGAAGACCAGGAGGAUGACAAGAUGAACGGCGGACAUGUUUUUGACGGAUGGGAUGCUUGGGCACCCAGCUUCUGCACCAAGCUGCAAUCUGCACGGUUGUUAACGGCAGCGGUCACACCUUCAGAGUGCACACACACGGACCACUACAAGUGGGGCACGAUAUGUGUAUCAGGGUCUCCAUUUCAGGAUUGGCACUGGCACAAAGUGGGCGCCGUCGGCAAAGUCCACUGGGAAUGCAACCGUGUACCAUCUUGGCGGGUCCAGGAGUCUGAGAUGGACCCUCCAGUUCCGAUACCCAUCAGCCCACAGCAAGGGCACCGUCCUCAAGGACCCAACCGACCCAGCCGCCAUACGAAAACUCGGAACAGCAUCUGUGUGGAUGGCCAAUGGGUUCGAAAGGGCAUUCCUGGUUACUAG